GUUUUUGACAUUUCAUCAUUGCUGACAACAUGACGCCGCUAAAUUUUGACAAUUUGCUUUGUAAUCAUGGCGUCCGAACGUUACAGUUUCUCUCUCACCACUUUUAGCCCUUCAGGGAAAUUAGUUCAAAUCGAAUAUGCUUUAGCUGCCGUAGCCGCCGGCGGUACGUCCGUCGGUAUCAAAGCAUCCAAUGGCGUGGUGAUAGCCACAGAGAACAAGCACAAGAGCAUCCUGUAUGAUGAGCACAGCGUCAACAAGGUCGAGAUGAUCACCGGACAUAUAGGUAUGGUGUACUCAGGCAUGGGUCCGGACUACCGCCUGCUCGUCACUCAGGCCCGCAAGAUGGCACAGCAGUACUUCCUGAUGUACCACGAGCCCAUACCCACGGCGCAGCUCGUGCAGCGAGUUGCUACUGUCAUGCAAGAGUAUACACAGUCUGGUGGAGUCCGUCCCUUCGGCGUUUCACUUCUCAUCUGCGGCUGGGACAGCGACAGGCCGUACCUGUUCCAGUGCGACCCCUCCGGCGCCUACUUCGCGUGGAAGGCCACCGCUAUGGGCAAGAACUAUAAUAAUGGCAAGACUUUCUUGGAGAAGAGGUACACAGAAGAACUAGAACUGGAUGACGCUGUCCACACAGCGAUCCUCACUCUAAAGGAAGGCUUCGAAGGUCAGAUGACGGCAGACAACAUCGAAGUCGGCAUCUGUGACGCCGCCGGCUUCCGGAGACUCGAGCCCGCGCACGUCAAGGAUUAUCUGGCUAACAUCCCCUAAGAAUGUGUUAAUUUUAUAUAUGUAAACUGAAUUAUUAAAAGAAAAGUGUUUUUUUAUGUA